CAGCUCCAAGAAUUUCCCAGCUGCCUCGCAAGCUUGCGCCUGCUGCAGAAACUGAGAGUGGACUCAAAUUCCAUCGCUGAGUUGCCGCAUGCGAUCGGAAGUUUGACAAUGCUAAGAGAGAUCAGAGCGUCUGACAACGCCAUAGCGUCUGUUGCUCGCAGCAUCGGGAAUCUCUCCUGCCUUGUCGGAUUGAACCUUCAGAGAAACAUGAUACUCAGGUUGCCCUUGGAGAUCGGAGACUGCUGUCUGCUCGAAAAACUGAUUCUAUCUCAAAACCGCAUCGCAAGAUUGCCUUCUUCCUUGUCUAAACUUGCCAGUCUCAAGGUUCUCAAGGCUGACAGCAACAAACUGCAAGUGGUCGGAUUUGAUGCGUCGAGACUGUCAUGCCUCGUCAAACUGGCGUUAAAUCACAACAACCUGACGAUGCUUCACCUCUCUGUCGGUCAAGCUCCAUCGCUUAGUGAGCUUUUUCUCCAGCGCAAUCAGCUGGUCACUCUUCCUCCCUCGCUUGCCUUCACUCCUCUCAAGAUCAUACGACUCGACGAGAACCCUCUGCUUCGUCCUCCCGUGGAGGUAACGCGAGCAGGGAGCCUAACUCGGCUCUCGUUAGAAGGCAACAGCCUGCUGGAGCUGCCCGUCGAGAUCGAGAUCCUCUCCCUCCUUGUCACCCUCGACCUCCAGUACAACCAGCUCUCCAUGCUCCCUCCCGGCAUCGGGGGCAUGUCGAACCUUGAAGUGCUGGACAUUGCGAGCAACCGACUGCAAGCUCUGCCAGCUCAGAUGAGAAAGAAUGUCAUGCUGCAGGAGCUUCUUCUCGAGAACAACCGAUUCAUUCAAAUCCCUUCGAUCGGGAGGCUGUCGAAUAUCACUCAACUCAAACUCAACAACAACCUUGUCGCUCGUUUGCCGCGCAGCAUCGCCUUCAUGACCCAGCUCAAAGAUUUGCAGCUCUCGACGAACUUGCUGGCCGACGUUCCUUCAGAAGUUGGUACGUAA